AUGGUGCCGUUGUUUUAUGGGUGUAGAGAAUUCAUCUCCAAAGUGAAAGUCAUCUGGAAGAAAAACACAAGGGGAAAAAGGGACCCAGAUGAUCUCUGGGAUGGAUUCCCGAUACCUCUAAUUGUUGUAUUCUUGUUCCGCGUCCUGCGCCAGACUUCUGCUUUUCGUCUUCUACCUUCCUCUGGUAGCAUCUGCCCUAGCAUCUGCCUUAGCAGCGGAUGAUGUGCUCUCCACCUACCUACCAGAGAAAGAUGCUAUAGUUAAGGCUUCUUGCCCUAGUUGUCCAUCUCUAUAGACUUCCCGCAACAGAAGUAUGCUGCUCCACAGUCUCCAUCCCUACGCGGAAAAUACGCAGGUAGGUUUUGAUUUAUCGGGACUCGCUCGCAAAGUACGCCGGUAGGUUUUGACUUGUCGGAACUCGCUCGCACUACAAAAAAAAAAAAAAAACAGAUUAGUUGGAUUGUAUUGUACAAGGGAGACAUUGACGCGUAUGCAUACCCUUUCCGGAUCCCUAAGCAGAUCAAUAGGGGAGGCGCUAAUAUAGUACUGACGAAAUGGUCCCUGGUUUCCAAGUCCUUCGCUGAACUUGGGGCCAAGGCACGCGAAGUAGCAUGGGCUAGGGAUGAUUUGGCGCGUCUACAACACGAUAUCUUGGACCAGGAUCGGUUGCGGAAGGAGGCUGAAGAUUUAGGGAAGUGUUCUUAAUUUUUCAUUUUGUUGUUGUUUUCAUAACCAACGGGAUGCGGUUGUUGUUUUCAUAACCAACGGGAUGCGGCUGUUGUUUUCAUAACCAACAGGAUGCGAAUGAAUGAAUUCAUAACCAACAUGUGAAGUUCUUUUUCUACUUGUUUGUCGCUAGUAUGUCUUUUCUAAAUCUGUAAUAGAUUAUAUUCCGUGUUAGGCUAGUUCUAGUACUCCUCCCUUCAACGGUCGUGUGCGUUCCUGAUUAGUCUAUCUUAAUGCAGGGUUAGUGAAGUUAAUGUUAAACAACCUACUUGCAAUCUAGUACAAUCAUCAUCAUCAUCAUCUUUUGUUUUCAGAGAUAGAUGAAGGCUGCGAUGAUCUAGUACUACACCUCCUUGAUUCAUUGUCGAUUGUCUACACGACCUCCUUGAUAAAGACCUUGAAGAUUAUGUUCUAAUUACUGCCCUACAACGCGAAAACGACGAGCUAGAAUUGGAGGUAUCGAAAUGGGAGAAACGAAUGAGGGGAGGCGCUGCUCAGAGCAGUAGCACAAGUAGCACUACAGGAGAAGAUCAUCGUCAAAGAGUACCACAAGUAGGCGAUCCUGAACCUCAACAAGAAGUCUCAGUUGAGACGCCAAAUAACAUCAAUGGAGGCAACAAUGGAGGCCAAGAACUUGGUACCCUGGAUGUAGCCUUAGCCGAAGAAGAGGCUCGUAUCUCCAAGCUCUUGCGCGCCAAGCAAGAAACGGACGCCAAAAAUGCUGAGGAGGUUGCUGCUGCAAAAGGCAAGGUGCAGGAUCUCCACACGCGUUGGGUGGCUGAAAAAGCCAAAUGGAAUCAGAUGAAAGAUACGGCAAUGUCAAUACAUUCAUCAGCAAAUGCAAUCUUUCGAUGCGUUGUUCUCUUUCAAUCUAACACAAACCUGCUUUCAACAUCUCCGCUAAUCCUAGAACAUACAUAGAUAGUUGUGAACUUAGACUGAGCUUGAGCUUCUUCUGCAGUACAUAGAAAUUUUUCAAUGCAUUCAUCAGCAAAUGCAAUCUUUCGAUGCCUUGUUCUCUUUCCUCGGUAUAACACAAACCUGCUUUCAACAUCUCCGCUAAUCCUAGAACCAUCGAGCCUCAACGGACACAGCGUGAUGAAAGAGACAAGUCUGUUGCAGUACCCAAUGGCAGCGCGCAAGUGGUCGUGAAGGCAGUGAGCUUUAUCGAACUGCAGCAAGCUGGAACUAAGCGCAUGGCUGCGCCCUCGAAGCCGGAGACGAAGCAGAAGAAAUUGGGCACAGCCACCUCGGUGAUGCUCUCGUAAGGCUUCUUCAUUAAAAUGCAAAAACUCUUUAUCAGACUGUUGCAUUAGUACAGUUGUGAUUUCUUGAAACAACUCAGUCUCAAUCUAUCAGACAGUAAAACUUUUGUUCAUCUUCAUUCGACAGUAAAACUUUUGUUCAUCUUCAUUCUUAAUUAUCCGAUUCAUUGCCAUCUGUCCGGACUUCUGUUGUCCUCGUCCUCUAAUCCAUUUCGAACUCGAAGAUGCGCGAAAAAUUUGAGCGCAUCCAAGCGGUGCUCCAACAGCGCAUCCUCGAAGCCAAGGCGCAGAAGCCUGCCUGUGUCUCGCCAUGUGAAGCGGUAGUGAAGAUUAAGGGUGAAGACAUGAAUUCAUCCUAAGAAGCAUCUUUGACCCCUUUGCUGAGGGGGAAAUGCGUGAAAGAUGCGAUUGAAGAUGAAUUUAUGUGAAGUCUAAGAAGAAGGCCACGGAGCUGACGGAAGCCCUCCACAAGGCAAAUUGCAUAGUGGAUGAUGAUGUGGCGGGAGUGUCCCUGUAGAAGAAACUCUGAAGGUUGUAGUCGCUGCGUAUUUCUGUUAUCUUUGUACUACAGGUCGUGUAGAUGGAGUCUCAUAAUCACGUCAAAAAGAAGGAUGAAAGGAAGUUCUUGAUGCAGAAUUCGAAAUUGAAGAAUUUGAAGAUGCAGUACUCGAAGAAUUUGAAGAAGCGGCAUUUCAAACUUCGACUACUAGAAUUGUUUUUUCCAGAUUUAUAGCGGACGAAGCUAACGGUUGGGAUGCGCAAGUUCGAGGGGUGGGAG